AUGGAUAAAGGAAACGACAAAGCAAGAAUUCUUCUCGCCGGCUGUGGAGGAAUUGGCUGUAUGGCUGCUCUGAAUCUCGAAUUCGGGGGACAAGCUCAAGUUACAGCUGUAUUGCGCUCAAGCUAUCAGAUAGUCGAAAAGCAAGGCUUCACAAUCAACUCUGUCGACCACGGCCAAGUUCGGGGGUUCAGACCAACUGAAAUCCUAUCAGUUGUACCUGAUGUCUCCCAAUCCGGCAUCUUGCCCUUUGACUACAUUAUCUGUGCCACCAAGAAUACCCCAGAUGUAUCUAUGCCUGUAGCCGAACUAAUCCGACCUGCUGUUACGCCUGGUUACUCUACCAUCUUGCUCCUACAGAACGGACUCAACAUCGAGGUUCCCCUCCUUGAGGCCUUCCCUGACAAUGUCAUCCUUUCAGGCAUAAGCGUCUGCGGCUCUUCUGAGCCCGAAUCUGGAACCAUUGAGCACAACAUACACGAUGAGCUAUGGAUCGGACCAUUUCGAGACGUGGGCAACGCCGCAGAUCGAGCAAAGGACCUUGUGGCCCGAUACAACGCAGGAGGGCGCUGCACCUGUCACUACGACUCCAACGUCACCUUCUCGCGAUGGAAGAAGCUUCUUUACAACGCUGUAUACAACCCGGUUGCUGCUCUGACCAGAUUGGACACGGGCGAUUUACAACUUUGUCCUGGUCUUGUCGAUGAAGUUGUGCGGCCUGGGAUGAAAGAGAUCCAAGCUGCUGCGGCUGCUUAUGGGCAGGAGAUUACAGAUGCGAUGAUUGGAGCUACCAUCACGACUGAGCCAAUCGAGGCUCAUGUUUCGCCAAGUAUGUUGGUAGAUGUCCAAAAGAGCCAGUACAUCGAGUUUGAAAAUCUCAUUGGCGAGCCCCUUCGUUGUGCAAAGGUCCGACAUAUUGCAACUCCCAUUCUGCAGAAUCAUUAUUCACUGGCAAAGAGCUAUCAAUGGAAGCUUAAAAGCAAGAGGGACAGUUGA